GUCACGUCCUGCGUCAUCGCUCUGCGCUCCUGGGAGACGUGGCCUUUGCCCGGCAGCUCCAUCGAUCAUCAUGGACCAGGUAAUGCAAUUCGUGGAACCCAGCCGUCAGUUUGUGAAAGACUCCAUACGACUUGUGAAAAGAUGCACCAAGCCUGACAGGAAAGAGUUCCAGAAGAUUGCCAUGGCGACAGCGAUUGGCUUUGCCAUAAUGGGAUUUAUUGGGUUCUUUGUCAAGCUGAUCCACAUCCCAAUCAACAAUAUCAUUGUAGGCGGCUGAAUAUUCAUCAUGAAGAACAAGACGUCGUGACACUUGCUGCAAAGAUUUCACAGCUUUGUUACCUGUUUGCUAUUAAACAAGCUCAGUUUUUGGGUUUUCAAACAUGCUUCUCAUCUUAUUCCUGUUUUCAACUGUAUGCAA